UUGAUAUCUAUGGCGACUGAUUCAUUCGAUAAUAAAGAGAAACUACUACUGUACAACUACUACCCCCAGCAUUGUAGUCACAUGGUGCACAGCGAUGACUGUGUAUAGGAGGAGGCCCCGCCCCGUCCGCCCCCGGGUAUAUGAAGCGGAGCCGGGAGAUGGAGCAGAGUGUCCCGAGUGACAAGCAGAUGGCGGACAUGUGUCUCCUGGUGACCGGGCUGCUGUCCCUGUUCCUGCUCGGUGCUCUGCUCCCGGAGCCGGCUGCUGCUGCUGCUUCAUGUCCGCCGGAUCAGUACCCGGAAACCUCGGGCGGACGAAACGUGUGCUGCGACUUCUGUUCGGAAGAUCUGCAGACAUUGCAGUUUUCAUACAUCAUGAAUGGAAAGAACUUAGAGGGGAAAUACCGAAAAAGGAGCGAUGAGUACUUUACUCACACAUCUACUACUGCAGGCCAGGAGAUACAAGAAGUAUGCACACCCUCAAAUAAAGCAUCUAAAUGUAGAAAUUGUGUGGAAAACCGAUAUAACCCAAAGAAUGCCAGAGAUCGCUGUCAGCGGUGCACUGUCUGCGACAAAGCUGAAGGAAGCAUUGAAAAAAAGCCGUGCACCAAAGGGACCGACGCUAUUUGUGAAUGCCCUGAAGGAAGUACGCCAAAAAAUGACCGCAAAACCGCCUGUCGGUGUGACAAAGGAAAAGAGAUUGUCAAUAACAAAUGCCAGCCCUGCAAGUCUGGAUAUUUUUCAGAUAAAGAAAACAGUAUCUGUCGCCCAUGGACAGACUGCAGCGCUCUGGGUCAAACCAUUAUGGAGCAAGGAUCUGCUGUACGGGAUGUGAAAUGUACCAAACCCACACCCAGUCUUGUGACUCUCAGAAUUCCCACCACGUCUUUGACACCAGCUACUACCAGACCUAAAGGAAAAGCAACCAGUCCUCAGAAUGUUACCACUACAAAUCCUAUCUCCAUCAGCGUGACCCCCAUGUCUAACAACUCACAUUACUGGGGGACUCUGUCAUUGAUCCUGAUUGGAGCCGUCCUGCUUGUAUUAUCUGCCGGAAUAAUCCUAACGAUGAUAACACAAAUAAAUCAUAAGAAGAACAACAGAGGAUUCAUUAGAGGAGAGAGGUUCAGAGUUCCUAUACAAGAGGAGAGCACAAGUUCUGACUCCAGUCUUCCCAAGGAGUGUCCGGCAUGACGGGCGGCUUAGAACGGACUGCAGUUUUAUGAAGCUGCCUUUACUCACUGGUAUCCAGUGGCUUUUAUUCUCUACAGCCGAUGCCAGUGUGGGACUGUGACAAGGCUGGUGCUGGCUGUAGACUUUCUGCUGAAAACCUUUUUAUUUUAAAAGUGCAUUUUCAGAGAUUUAACCAGACUUUUUUUUUAUUAUAUCUCAUCAAAUUCUGCUAAGAGCUGGUUUAAUUAAACAUUUUUAUGCUGAUUUUUGCAUAUUUUUUUAUGACAGAUGGGCCUUUUAUUUUUGUAUAAUUCUAUGUACAUACUUGUAAUAAAAACUGGGAACAUUUUCCUUUUUCUAAAUAUUUUUAGUAUUUCAUUUUAAUACAUU